AUGCUGCAGCUUGUGCUUAUAUCUGACUUCGCUGCUGGCCUCGCCCUCGACCAGUCCGAAUCUCUCGACAUUGAUGCCCGAGUGCCCGCCACCGCCGUGAUGCUGCGGAGAGCUCCCAUUUACUGCGAGGCGGUCUUGCAGCCGCAGGAUGUCUACUAUGAAGGGUCGGAAGAUGAAGACUACGACAGUGCGGAGGCGCGCAGGCAGAGAUAUGAAGCCGCCGGGCAGCGGUUUCUCCAAGGCAACGUCCCCUUGCUGCUGUCUGCGACGUUGAAGGGUCCCUUUGAACAAGAGUCUGGAUGGGUGAACCCGUGGCGAUCAAAACUUCGUACCGCCAAUUCACAGAAGUCGCGCGAACCUGACGAUAUAAACGUGCAUUCGACCCCCAAGCGACCUGCCACGUCUGCGACUGUCAAGCAUGCGAUAGAAGCUCUGAAAGGUGCCGAGUGUGCUCUUCCUAGUCCGGAAAGCCUCAAGCAGACGCCUCUCACUAGCCCUUCUUCACGUCUCCAGGGGAUAGGUCACACGACGCACGACUGGAGACCCAACAGUGCACGUCUUUCACGAAAUAGUGAUGAGUUCUGGACAACAAAUUCACCAUCAAAAACCCCAAAGAGGAAAUCAAAGUCAUCACCGGGACUGGAUAGCGUGGCGAAUAAGCGGCAAAGAACCAGGUCGACCGAACCCGAAUUUGAGACUCCAACGCCCAGGAAGAACCAAACACCCAAGAGGGAUGCUAGUCAAAGAGGAAGAACGUCCAGAGCCAAUUCAGACGCCUCAUCAAUAUACUUACACAUUCGAGAGCUCACCUCACAACUUCCCCCUGCAGGAUCACAAGAUCUGUCUAGUGAAGAGGCAGAUACAGAUACAGAUGACGAUCACCAUGAAACCAUCUCUACCCGUUCCUCCGUGGAUACAUCUUUGGUCAAUGCACGCAGGACUCCCAAGAAAGACUCUCCCAGCAAGAGUCUACACCUGAAUGGGAACUCAUCCACGUCCUUGUUAUCCCCAUUUUCUCAACGGAGCUUGAGAGGAGUUUCCUCUCCUCUAUCUAUUUCGCCAGCGCAAACGCCAACAAAACGAAAGGCUGCAUCAAGCCUAUUCUCCGGCCGCCGGCGGGCUUCAGGCGACCUAUCUAGACCAUCAGAAACAUCAACAAACUUACCAGGUUUGGCAGAUUUAGAAAUGCUAGGCGUGGAUGAUGGCAACAGCGAAGAUCUUGACGACGCAACUUUGAUAGAGCGCCAGCUACGGGACGAACAACCCCUAUCUCCCGAAGAUUCCGAGACCAGCAAUGGAGGCCAAAUCAGCACUACGUCAGAUACGGUUCCGCCAACUCUUCAAAAAUCUGGGUCGAGCUAUGAAGAGCGUCAAUCAGGAGAAGAGAAUGCAGUUGAAACUCCAAAGGCCAAAAAGGUGGAUCACCUGGACAGUUCAAUAUCUAACCAUGAUUCGCCUCGUAGGCGUCUCAAGCUGUUUCGUGCUACGCAUUCUUCUCGGAUGGCUGAUCCCUUGAUAUACGAUGAUACUGAAGGAUCCGAUCAACCGACUUCUAAAUCUGACAACACGGCCUCAUUGAACUCACAGCAAUCCGUGCCUAGUGAAAAGACCCCUAUCAACUCACCCAAACCGAACAAACGUCAACCUUUGGGUAAGAGUCCUACAAAGACGAGUAGUCCUCACAAGUCAUCACCUCUCCGAUCUUUGAGCCCUCGAAAUGGUAGAAUCAACUCGCGGCCUGCUCUCAAGAAGAUGGUUCAGCCUUACAUGUCAAGUCUGCGCAAAUCACUAGCGGCGAGUGCAGAUGAAACUCGCCACGCACAAGAAGAAGAUGACCAGCAAUCGAACGAAAACGAGCAAGCAAAAGAAGCAAAAGAAACUGCACUGCCACCUGUUUCGAGUACCCCAGCAUCGCAUCCUAGUCCGAAUGAGGAUGCCACAGAGAAAGACUAUGAAUCCGAUAAUUCUUCAACUGACAAUGCGCAAGAGCUGGUGGAGCACGGUACUUCGACUUCAACUACACUGCACUCCAGAACUCCACCUGUUGAUGCUGCUGCAUCUGUAGAGGUGAUAAACUCAACUCAGGGAGAUGUGCCACUCAGUAUUCUACAACAAGAUGAGCCGAGCCUUACUACACCGGAGAUGUCUAGUGGUUUACAGCCCUCUAUGCCUGUUGAGCAAGCUAAUUCAGAUGUAAUUGCGCCGCAAAUAAACAGAGACAUGCUGGGAAGAACAAGUGAGCCCAGCUCGAUAGCCCCUGUGGCAGAUGGCGAUCGCUGUGAAGACCGGCAAGAGCAAGAAGAGAUUCACAGACCUGCCGAAGCCGUUACCGAAAGCCAUCUUUUACCAUCACAAAACAAUGACGCGCCUCAACCUCCGCCAAACGUCCUGCCUGAACCUUUGGAGGAAAUACCAAAACGACCUACUACUCCGGAGCCGCAAUUCGCUGUCGCCUCUUUUUCAACAUUCAUGUCGCCUUCUCCAAACCCCCGCCGAAGAUUCUACUUUUCUGGGCCAGGUCUAAGUGGAACCGCUUCUAAAACACAGGGCACCCUGCUGUCUUGCAUGAAAAGGUCAUGGGGGAGCACGAUUCCCAAAAAGCGAGUUUCCUGGGCUCCGCUACCGCAUGAAGGGAGUGACAGCUCUGGGGAGGAUGUCCCAUCAGGGACGGACACGUCAUCGUCAAUGACACGAGGCAGAGACCGAGCAGUUUCACCGCCUCCCCCGCCGUCCAUGGGCUCUUCUUCCGAUUCGCUCUUGGAGGGAGACUUGAAGUUUGGUCUUCACUUUGCUGCAGUGGCUGAUCGUUCAAAGGGCACAAACCCUCAAAGCACGCCUGCUGUGACUCCUAGCGCUGACAGGGAAUGCCCGGCAGAGAAAGUCGAUGCAUUGCAGGUCAAGAAGAAUAGGUUUGCUACGAAGACUGCUACGAAGACUUGGGGCCAUGAUGACGAGGACCCCACCGACAUUGUACAAGACAUAUUCAACGAUAUGGACGACUUUUUGCAAGUCUGGGACGUCGAUGCAGAGCUGAAUGAGGCACGAAAGGCCGAAAAGACACGGGCUAGCGGCGCAAAGGAGGCGGAACGUCCUGAGGAGGAUGCAGAUAUGUUUGCAUCCUUCCUUUAGGCUGUUACCCGAAUUCUUCUUUUUCGUACAAUC